AUGUCUGGAGUCGAACUUGCUGGUCUUGUGUUGGCGGUUGUGCCCGUUAUUUUAGUGGCCUCGGAAUAUCAUUCCAAACUGUUAGAUCCCACGCGGACAGUCUUCCUACACAGGAGAAAAAGCAUCAAGCUUGCGACGUUCUUCAGCAACCUACACUAUGAGGUUUCAAUGCUCAAUAUCACUAUCCAAAGUCUCAUCCAUGACCUCUACGUUCUUCCAGAAGCGCAUCGGACGAGGCUCCUGAGCGAUGAGCAAGACCCAUCGUAUUGGCAAGAAGAGGCGGUGGUGAGAGCCUUGCGGUCGCGUUUGGGGCUCGGGUUCGACGCAUUUCGCGAGGCUUUGGACGAGAUUUUACGUAACUUAGGAAAAUUGGUGAAGGACGACACCCUCGACAUCGAGACCAGUCUAAAUGAAAUUCAAACCCCCCGAACGUCGUACGCGAAACUCCUGGCGCUGCGGGAGCAAUUCAAAGCCGACAAAAGCCCAGAGCACAGCCGCUUCUUGGACCGUCUGAAGUUUGUCAUUAGAGAAGAAAAGCGAAAUGCCUAUCUCGAUCGAAUCGAGAAGUGCAACGAGAGGCUGGACUCUCUUCUACAGCGUUCGUCGGCGACAUACGAGAAGACCAAGGCGAACCAGGCCCGACCAGAGAGUACCAGCACGCCGCACAUGGAACUGCGUCCGUUGAUGCAUGCGCUGUACUCUACGAUGGGUGGCCUCUGGCCCUGCUCAUGCCCUCACGGGCAUGAGGCUCGAUUUUGCUUACUCAAAUGCCAGGAUAAUACUCCAUCCAAAGCGUCGCAGGAGGUAUAUUUCGACAUGCUGAUGUCGAUCCGCGCCCAGGCAACCGCACAAUAUCAAACAUGGCUGGAGAGCAAGAUGGUCGUCGCCUUGGCGAACGAAUCGACCAAGAAGACAUCUAAUGUCCGCUUCAUUAUAGAAGAUGAAGACUCCGUUGCGGCAUCGCCGACUACUCCGUCCGUCAUCGAGGAAUUCAUGGGUCGAGCAAGUACGAUGGACUCGGAUACCUCAGGGACUCGCACUCCCACGGGUACGCGUCCACGGCGGACAACAUAUCCCGAUCCUGAUACGUGGACAACUCAGCGGCCUCUUGCCUACCCCCGAAGAGCAUCUGCCCCUCCUCUCACUAAGGAGCAAGUCUCGGAUCCAGACGAGUUCUGCAAAAUCAUUCGUGCCGCGGGCGAGCAAAAGUGUUGUCCACGGAUGCUGUAUGACGGCACUCAGAUCUGGCACAUCACUCGCCCUAGCGAGAAACGGCUAUGUGUGGAAGGGUCGCUGCCAGACGUCUCACUGGCAGCACUGCUUGACGGCAAGCGGAAGCUGAAGCUGAAGGAGAAGCGGAUCCUUGCUGUGAUUCUUGCCCAUUCGUUGCUGCACUUUUGCGACUCGCCAUGGAUGAGACACGGGACAAGGAGUAGUUGGAACAAACAUCAUAUCUCGUUUUUCUACAAAAGCAAGGACGACGUGGAUCUCAUCCGGCCGUAUGUCACCACUGAUUUUCAGCCCAUUCAGGACCGGGAAGAUCCCGCCGAGGCGAUGUACCGCUUGCACCCCAACCCGAGUGUUUUAGCCUUGGGAGUAUUGCUGCUUGAGAUCGAGCAACAAGCUGGGAUUGAGUCGAAGCGGGAGAAUGACGAUCUCACGGCGGAAAAGCAAGAACAUGUCAAUUCCGAUUUACUCACGGCUCUGCGACUCUUCGGCGAACAACAGGAUGACGUCUACGAAGGUUUCCAUCAAGCCAUCGACGCUUGUCUAAAUUGCCAGGACUACUUUCAACAGUUUGAUACCGAGGAGAUGGAUCUUGAGAAUGAUGACUUCAGAGAAGCGGUGUACAAUGAGAUCGUGGCUCCUCUGGAACUGGAGCUGCUCAACGGCUUCGGUGUCACGAUCGAUAAGCUUGGGCUGAACGGUCCAGGAAGUCAUCACCCGUAUUCGGGCAUUGAUCUGAUUGAAGAUAUCGGUUUUGGACCGUUUUUGAUGAGGGAGCAGACCAAUGUAGAUCUGUAG